CGGGGCGGGGGUCCCGGAACUCCACGCGUCUGCUGUAAUUAACGCACUUUUCUUUGUUCAGACACACUGUUGAAUUCCGCUGUCGGCAGAAUUGUCGUUGAAGGGGGGAGGGUCGGGCGCGCCGUGGCCCGGCCCCGCAGUCGCUCACAGGUGGGGGUGCCCCGUCCGAGGCCGCGGGCCCGGGGCUGCCGGCAGCGACUCCGCGGCCGAGGUCCGGACUGGGGAGAGCAGUUGCGCGCAGCUGUGCGGUGGAAGAACAGUUUCAGGCCACGGAGCCCUGAGUCACGGGGGCAUGAAGACGCGCAAGUUGUGGGAGCCGCGCGUGCAUCCCCCGGGAGCCCCGCUUCCUGGGUGGGGGCGCCGGGCAGGGCGGGCAGCCCCUCCGGAGAGGCACCUGUGCGGGGCUGCAGGGACCCAGGCCGAGCAGAUGAGCCUCCUGGACGCGGAGUCACAUGACAGGGAGCUGCCGCCGCCAGAUAAAUGAUUAGGCAUUAAUCAGGCUGUGGCCUUGCUGCUCUCCUGCACGGCUUUAUUUUGAAACUGGGAGCCGGAAAAGGCUCCUCGUUUAAAGGCCCAACUUUUUCCCUCAGUGGAGCCCAGAUUUUCACCCGGUGACAUGAAUUAGCUGGGAGGACCAUGUUCCUGCCACAAUUAUUUCGAAGACGUUAUCUCUUCAUUAGAUGUGCCAGGAGCCAUUUAUGCCCAAGUCAUGUGAUUUAACAUAUGGCUCCCGUGUGGCUGUGCCCGCUCCGUGUGGGCUACCGCGGCGAUUGCUGGGGCAGGAUGGAGCCACACUUGGGGCUGCCGAUCGCCACCUGGGAGCUGCCAUCCCCUCUACCGCCGGCCUGGGCUUCCUCCAGCAGGCAGGGUUGGGCUUGGUCCUGGUCCUGAGGCCGCACCCCUGCCAAACCUGCACCACCGUGUCUGGCCUUUCCUCCCUGGAGAGCAGCAGCAGCCAGGCUCGCCCCUUUCCCGGCCCGCUGACUCAGGACAGCAGAGGCCGAGAGUAUCUGCAGUGGCCGCAGCUCUCCCCGAGGCCCGGGGCUAACCUGCUUUGCAGAUCUGCACCACUGCCUCCCUUUUGUGGAAAAAACCAGGUCCGAUGGGACCCCCGGCGUGGGAACUGGCAGCUGUAGCAUGCAUGGGUGUCAACCCUGCCCGCCGUGUUCAGCUGUAACCAGAGCUGCCCACGGAGCGGGGAGCCCGGCCUGUGCCGAUGCAGCCACUCAGCAGCCACCCUUGGUGCCGUGGGCUGGCCCCUUUGUCCUUGUGGGGAAUCUGAAUGUACAGCAGGCUCCUGACCCCGGCCCUGAGGCUUGUCCUAGAAGGACCGCUGCCCCUCACCCUUCCCCGUCGUUCCCUGUGCCUGAUUCUCUCUGCCGCUGCUUCGUGCUUGUAUUCUGAGUCCCAGAGCUCCUGUUUCCAGGUGCCAGCUUCUCUUCAGGGCAUGGUGCCCGCCCUUAUCCCCUGAGUGUGACAGUGGAGGCCCAGUCCUCAAGUGUGGGUGCUGACUCAGAGAAGAGCUGCAGGGAGCCCUGUGACAGGUGUCCGCCCACCUCAGGGAACCUGUGGGUCCCAGAGCAGCGGGCAUUCUGUGUAUUCUGUUCAGUGCAGGCGGCGGGCAGCCAGGCACCUGCUAGGGGCAGUCCCUCGGGAACGGCGCCCCGCUCACACAGGCGCCCGGAUUCGGGGUUGAGAUGGGCCCGGCAGCCGGCGUCUGUUGUCGGCCCAUUUGGGAGAUGUCAUUCUCUCCCUCGUUCACAGAGCAGAGGGGACAGGGCCCGGCAGGCCAGUGGAAUUGCCUGGCCCCGUGCCGGAAGGCCAUGUGAUCUGAAGCAAGACUCUCGAUUGUCAGGCUGUGUGUGCAUCGGGGUGAGUUCACUGUCCACCUACUGUGUGCCGGGAAGUGGGUUGAGCCCGGAGCAGGCAGCCUCCGCUGGUCUUCCUUGCGGGCCAGUGUGGGGAUCCUUCCACGGUUUUGAUGACCCAAGCCUUACCCUGACCUGUGUUUUCUGGGUGAUUUGGGGGUACGCUUCUGGUUGAGGACCCCGGGUGGGGGGACCCGACUGAGGGGUGGCCUGAGGACAGACGAAGCGCCGAGGGUGGGCUAGUCCUCUGCGCGAGGAACCCUGGACACGGCCUGUCCCGGCAGCAGGGCACACGGAGUUCCAUCCUGGGCGCGCCUGUCCAGGUGGAGGCUGCACUGCCAGGGGCUGCUCUUGGGAUGAUUCACUCAGCAGCUGAGAGUGAGCGCUUGGGCCGGGACCACUGUGCAGGUGCUGUGGUGGUGAUGGCAUGUGCCCCUGCCCUUGGGGACUGAGAGGGACCUUGGCCUGGUGCAUCCCCGUCCAGGGCACCAGGGGGCCUGGCCAGCAUGGCCGGUCUCAGAAGCGUCUCAAGCGGGUGGCAACUGAGCGAGUGGGUGAGGAGGGCGUGAGGUGGAGGCCUGGCCUUGUGCUACUGGGGGAGCCCCCCAGGGCUUAGAGAGGGACCAUGUCCGUGGCUCAUACACCCUUGAGUCCAGGACACGGGAGGCCGACCAUGGCCACGUGGCCCCACCUGCCCUCCCCUGGAGAUCCUGGGUUGGACGGGUGCCCACAGGGUGCGGCAGGCUCCCGUUGUGGGGCUCUGGAAGAGGGGCCCCCGGUGUUUAGGCUGUGGCUUCUCCUGCCAGCCUGCUUUCCCUAACCCCUGAGAGAGCUGGCCCCAGGAGGCCCACUGUCCCCAGCAGGCCUGACCCACCCGUCCUGUUUCCCAGGUGCUGGCCUGGUCCCGCUGUGGGUGUCUGCAGGGCUGCGGGGAGACUGCUUUCUAGACCCACACUGCAGCACAGCCGAGGCAGGCCUUGGGUGCCGGCCUCGGGGUGACCCGGGCUGCUCGGGGACCGUGUUCCUGCUCCAGAGCUGCGUUUUCCUUACCUCUUUAGGCCACAACAGGGUGGCUUUUCCUUGCAGAGAGUGAGGAAGGAAGGUCUGGGGGAACGUGGGCCCGGGAGGAAGGACAGGAGGCCGUCUCUCAGCCCUGGGCUGUGGAACAGGGGAGCCAGCUGGAGGCGCUGCCAGCAAGUGCAGGGGGCUUGGGCGGGCGGCCAGGGCAGUGCCCCUCCCGGCACGGCCACAGGCAGACCUCAGGCCUGGGCCUCUUUCUGGGGGUGUGGCUCAGCCUGACACCCAGGCGAGGCCCCAGGGCAGCCAUGGCUGAGUAAUGACACAGCCACUGUGUCUGGCUAAGGACCUCAGGCCUGGUCUCCAGGGCCUCCUGUCCUUGCCGGGACACCGCCGUGCUAUUAGGACUGGCACCGGGCUACUUUGCUUUGGGAUCUGGUCCCUUCUGCAAUUACAGACUCCUGGGCUUCUCACCCCUGCCUCAGUUUCCCCAGCCCUUUCUCAAAGCAGAGGUUAUUUAUUCUGCCCCUGAGCUCCCAUGGAUGCCUCUUGAGGCCUCCUUCCCAGGGCCCCUCGCACAUCCUUCUCCCCACAGGUAGGGCAUGCCCCCAUGGUUGUGCCCAAUUGGGGGCCCUGAAAGGGCAGCCCGGACCCAGCAGGCUCAUCUGGCUCCAGGCCACCCAGUCUUCCCACCAGCCAAGGCUCGGUGUGGGGCACUGCCAGGCUGGUGGGGCCAUCCCUAGAGGUGGGUGUGUGGGAACCACGCUGCACCCGUGCACUUCCAGAGGCACCACCCUUCAGGUCCCAGGGGCCAGGAUAAGCCACUUUCUUCCUGUGCCAGCGCCAUCCCCAGGCCUGGAAGCAGCAGACCCAGCUGGCACCCACCGCUCAGCCUGGGGGUACGUUCCCUGGUCUCACAUAGCCUCACCGGCCCACCUGUGACAUGGGAAGGCUGUGAUCUGUCUCUCAUGGGGUUGCUCAAGGACGGCAGGAACCCAGGUCCCAGCAGCCUGGGGGCCCUGCUGUUAGCUUUACAAGCUCCCUGGGGCUGGGUUUCCCCACCCAUGCCAGCCUGGGGAGUGAGCUGUUCCCACCCUGUUUACCCACCAGUACUCUGGGGUGCGGCCUGGGCAGGGCAGCAGCUCCAGGAAGGAAGUACAGCUGCCUAAGGGUCACCAGCUGCCUCUGCGGGGCUGGAUUGUCGGGUCCCUGGGCACUGAUGCAGGUGUGACACAGGGUCCCAAAGGGGAUGGCAAAGCUCAGACUGUCCCCCACCCAUUUGAUCUGCCUAGGAAGGGACUAGCCCCUGGCCUGUGCCUGGAGAUCCUGGGGCAAGGGGCGGGGCAGGCUCCGUUUCUGCGGCCCUGGAGGAGGGUCCCCUCUGGUAUCCAGGCUAUGGUUUCUCCUGCCAACCAGCUUCCCCUGACAGCGGGGAGAGCUGGCCCCGGGAGCCCAUGCCCCAGCAGGCCUGGCAGCAGCUGUUUUCUGCAGGCUUUCCCUGGGUUCCUGGUGCCUUCAGCCCAGUCAGUCCACAACCCCGUGUGGUCAGCUGCCAUGUUCCCCAGCCCUAGCGGGGUUGCCCCCUCCCUCUGGCUGUUGUAGUCAGUGUCCUCUGGUAGGGACACGUCUGCUCCCUGGAGGGGCCUUCCCCUUUGCCAGUAUCCCCGCAUUUGAGGCCCUUUCAUGAGGUGCAGUGGGUCCCGGUUGCCCCAACGGCAAGGGGCCGUAAGUGCUGGCCCGGAAGCUCAGGGUGCCCGCACCAGCAGGUGUGUGUCCCAGCGUGGCGUGCGCUGGCGUGAGUGUGUACACAUGGAUGUGCUUGUGUGAGCACACACGGUGGUUCUCCGAAUGCUCAUCCUGUGUUGAAGGCCCACAAGGUGCUCAUGGGAGGUGAUGAGCCAGCUGCUGUUUCGGGUUGCAGAGGCCAGUCCUGGCUGUGAGGCCAGGGGACUUGGAGACACCAGCCUAGAACCCCGAGUGGGGUGGCAGCCGGCUCUGGGCAAAGGCUGUUCUCCCGCCCCUGAGCUCUGUCCGGCAAGCCUUUUGCGUAAGUGAAUGUCGUUGGAUCGGGUGGCCCCACUGUGGCCCGGCUCACAGACAGUGUGUAAAGGAGCCUGGGGGCCGUGCUGUGUGUGGGUAAAACUCCUCACAAAUGCUGGAGGGGGCGGGUGUGGCCCGCUGGGCCCGGGGUGCACGGGGUCUGUGCUCCUUGGUCCUGGCACCGACAGCUGGUGAGGGGCCGCCUGGGACCGGCCUCAGUGCAUUAUGGCCUGGGGCCCGUGUGCCAGGCCUGGGGCUCUCCUUUCCCAUGUCUGUUUCCACGAAAGUCAGCCCAUCAGAGAUGGAGGCAGCAAAGCACCUGCUUCCCACGGCUGCCGCGGGGCCCUGGGGGCCGGUGAGCACGGGACGCCCGCGCGCCAGGGAUGCUCUUGCCGGCCUGUGGCUCCAGGCACCACAGCGGUGCCUGGCUGGAGGAGAAUGGGAUGCAUGGGGCUCGCCCUGGCCACCCCACCACGGAGCAGAAGCCCCGCCCCAUGUUCACCCCCGACAGGGCCCCAGGCCACCGUUGCGCCCUCCCUGCGAGUCACAGCGCCGUCUUGCGUUUCUGUCCCUUUCCCUCCAUCAGCUUCUUUCUUUCUGUUUUAGCUAAAGCAGUCUUGAAAACUGCAUUUCGUUCGUUACGUGUUACACCACGUGCUCACUGUCGAAACACGUGGACCCUGUGGACGUGCCUUCCGUGGUGUGUGGUAACAUCAGUGUUCUCAGAACUGUUUUCCUGACUCACGGACAGCAGCUUGCUGGACAGGACGGGGUUUGGGGACGUCGGCUGCAUUUGGGCCUCGAGAAGGACGGGGCAGCCGGGCGUCUGUGCAGCGACGUGGCCUGCACUCUAGGACGUGGUCACUGCCAGCUUCUGACGAUGAAUCCCCCAAAGCCACGCACAGUGCUGGGCCCUGCCCGUUAAAUACAGGCUGCCUGGCCCAGCACGUCGCAGGAUGAGAAGUCCUUUAGCUGGGAUGGGUGUCCUGGCUGUGGCAGCCCCAGGGUGCUGGCUGCUGCAUUUUGGCCUUAACUGUGGCUCCCCCAGCAGUGAGUGGCUGCCCCUGCCCCUUGUGCUCCUUUCCCUAUGGAUCCUGUGGCCCACCAGGGGAGGGCCUGAGGGUGCCAGGUCUGGCCUCUUUGGUCUGCCCGCCUCGGCUCCACUGCCCCAGAUCGAUGACGCCCCCACCAGCAACAGCCGUGGCCGGGCCCCCGAGGAGGGGGAAGCAGAGGUGAUGCAGCUGGGGCCCGGCUCCCCGCCUCCUCCCCAAGGGGUCCAGUCCCCUGAGACAGCCGGCCCUGAGCCACCCCCGCCCCUCGUGCCGCCGCUGCCCGCCGGAAGCCUGCCCCCAUACCCGCCGUACUUCGAAGGCGCCCCCUUCCCUCACCCGCUGUGGCUCCGGAACACGUACAAGCAGUGGGUGCCCCAGCCGCCGCCCAGGACCAUCAAGCGCACCCGGCGGCGUCUGUCCCGCAACCGCGACCCGGGGCGCCUCAUCCUGAGCACCAUCCGCCUGCGGCCGCGCCAGGUGCUGUGUGAGAAGUGCAAGAGCACGCUGAGCCCCCCGGAGGCCAGCCCCGGACCCCCGGCCGCACCCAGGGCCCGCAGGAGGCUGGGCAGUGGCCCAGACAGGGAGCUCCGCAAGCUGGAGGAGCCGGAGAACAGUGACCCCGUGGCUGCAGCCACUGCCAGGAGGAGCAAGAGGGAGAGGCGGGAGGAGGACAGGGCCCCUGCUGAGCAGGUGCCACGCAGCCCGGUCAUUAAGAUCUCCUACAGCACGCCCCAGGGCAAGGGCGAGGUGGUCAAGAUCCCCUCGCGUGUGCACGGCUCUCUGGAGCCCUUCUGCCCCCAGCAGGCCCCAGAGGAUGAGGGCAGCCAGGACCCCGAGGGGCCAGACAGAGAGUCCCGGGAACGGCCGCCUGGCGCACCCUCGUCCUCCAUCCCCAAGCUGAAACUGAUGCGGCCUGUGCUGCCCAGCACGGACCUGCCGCCCCCCAAGAUCCGCCUGAAGCCCCGCCGCCUGGGGGACAGGGAGCACGAACCCGUGUACCGUGCCGAGCUGGUGGAGGAGCUGAAUGGGUGCCCACGGGCCAGCUCGCCCAUGCCCUGUGCGGACGGCCCUGCCGCUGGGUUGGCAGACUUGUCUUCCGGAAGUUCGGGUGAGGACGACGACCUCAAGAGCUGUCCUCAAGGUCCACAGGGGCGCAGUGGCUUGGCUCUUCUUGUCAGCUGCCCGGAGGGGAGAGUAGACUGUGCCAGCGAGUUGGCAUGCAGCAGCGACAGCCUGGACGAGGCCAGAUCAUCCGGCUCGGAAGGGACGCCAGCGGACGCGGGUGACCUGUCGCCCAGCCACAGCGCGUCGGCGCCCUCCUCGUCCAGAGAGGUUCGCCCAACGGUGCCACCCCUGACGGUGCGGCUGCACACGCAGAGCGUGUCGGAGUGCAUCACAGAGGACGGCAGGACGGUGGCCGUGGGGGACAUCGUGUGGGGUAAGAUCCAUGGUUUUCCUUGGUGGCCAGCGCGCGUUCUUGGCAUCAGCCUUGGCCAGAAGGAGGAUGGUGAGCCCUCUUGGCGAGAAGCGAAGGUCUCGUGGUUUGGUUCUCCGACUACGUCAUUCUUGUCUAUUUCAAAACUCUCCCCUUUCUCUGAAUUUUUCAAACUGAGAUUUAACCGUAAGAAGAAAGGGAUGUAUCGGAAAGCUAUAACCGAGGCUGCCAAUGCGGCGAGACACGUGGCCCCGGAAAUCAGGGAGCUCUUAACCCAGUUUGAAACGUAACUGGUUCCCUGACCAGGUCAGCGACGAUGAGGGCGCACGUGCUGUCCUGGAGCUUCCGGCCUCCCUCCAGGGACUCCUCCAGCCUUCUGGCCAGCUGCGUGCAGAGCCCGCUGGGCAUGGUGGUCGGCCUGACGUGAGGCCCCCGGGACCGGCAGUGUGUCCAGGGAGGGGACGGCCCUGCGCCCAGUGGCCCUUCCCGCUGAGUCUGUUUCUGCCUGCCACUCAGCCUGCGGCUGCCCUGGCUCAAGAGGCAGCCCGAACUCGUGACUUGCUGGCUGCUGUGGCUGCCUGGUGGGAGUGGGCCUGCUGCUGCAGCCUUGCCUGCUGCCUUGCGCACUGAGGACCCAUGGGGGAGCCAGGCCUGGCACCCCAGCCUCACCCAGCUGCUGGUGUGGGCGGCUGUGCCCCCUCCGUGUCCCGGACACAGGCGUCUCACAGGCUCAGCUUGGUCUCCUUCAGGCUUCAGAAAAUCCCAAUUGCACGUGUGGGGUUCUUCCUCAGCCCUUGGGUGCGGCGUCUCUGUGCACCACCCGCCGUCUCCCGCUCCCAGUUCAUCCCAGAUGGUGGGGCCCACUGGGCACCCGGCACCCGGCCUGCAAGGCCACCUGUCCCCCAGAUGCUGCUACAAGUGACCAGUACUGUGUGGAGGAGGCGAAGGGCCACCCCGGGAAAGCAGGCUUCAACAGUAAGCGGAGAAGAAGCUGCUCUGUUCUGUAAGAGCGCGCGCCUUUUCCUCCUUUUUGUCACUUUAAAGACCAAAAAGAAUAAAGAAAGAAAA